CCCCUCUCUCGAUUCUACCUCCUCCUAUGCCUGAAAAUUACCUCUAGACAGAAAGACAGUCACAAUGAGGGUCCUUUGUCUACACGGUAAAGGCACCAGCGGCGCCAUUUUCAAAUCCCAAACCUCUGCGCUUCGUGCUCGACUAUCGGAUUUGGAUAUCGACUUCGAAUUCGUCGAUGGAUUCUAUGAAUCAGACCCAGCCCCGGGGAUCGAUCUUUUCUACCCGCCGCCCUUCUACUCCUUCUGGGAAGAAGACACCAUCGAGGCAGUCCUGCGCAGUCGCGACUGGCUCCAGAAUUAUCUUGACACCAAUGGCCCCUACGAUGCCCUCAUGAUGUUCUCGCAGGGAUGCGCCGUUGGCUCAACCUUUUCUCUGUUACAUCGGUUUGAAGAGCCAAGCCGACCGCUGCCAUUCAAGACCGCCAUCUUCAUUUGCGCCGGGGUUCCGCUGAAGGUUAUGGAAAAGGUGGGAUAUAAAAUUGCCCCUGAGGUGUGGCAUAAGGAUAUUGUGACUCGCAGGGCACUAGCGGCACAGGCAGAUGCCUCCGCGAUUCUAGCACAGGGCUCGGCACGUUGGCAGGGGGAGGGUGCGUUCACUGCGUCUGUGGAAGAUGUGCGGAAAGAGAUCACGCCUUCGGAAGCUCAAAUAAAUAUCCCGACAGUGCAUGUAUAUGGGGAGAAGGACCCGCGAUGGUCUGCUGGCAUUCAACUGUCACAGGCCUGUGAUCCAGCAAAAAGGAAGCUGUAUGAUCAUGGCGGAGGUCAUGAAAUCCCUCGCACAAGGGAAGUGACCAACAAUCUGGAGGAACUGGUGCGAUGGGCAUUGCGGGAGGGAGGAGCGAUGCGAUGAGAGAUCACGAGGGGUAUUGGUGUUCUUGCAUAAUUGUUGCGAUUUUCCCAUAUAGAUGACUGCUUCCAAAUAGACCCCGCUAUGUGGUUACUUUCCAAAUCCUGUCGCAAUGAAAGCUAUCAUAUGUAACAAGAAAAUGUCAAAGGAACUUAUCAC